UAUCUUCGUCUUCAUUUAUAAUACACACUGGUUCAAGCUUCCCCUCCCCAGGUGCUUUCCUUCACGCUUUGUUUCCUUCUUCCUUCCCACAGAACCCAUUCAUUCGGCUCUCAUUUAAUCCGCAGUGCUUUCUCUCUAGGCUUUGAAGCUUUCCGAUCCAAUUUUCUGGUUUUUUCUUUUAAUCAUACAACGCUUUCGGGCUUUUAACCAAGCGGAGGUACUAGUUUUAUUUGAAAAGGUCUGAGCUGUGCAAAUGUUGGGAAGUGGGUUACAGUUUGGAAAUGUACGUGGGGAAGACAGGUUUUACAUUCCUGUGAAAGCAAGAAAGAGAUACAAUAAUCAGCAAAAGCAAGCUAGGAAAGCCAAGAAUGAUGCAAACGAGAACCCCAAAGAGCUUCCAAAGAGCAAAGUAGUGGUUUCUGAGAAGAGAAGCCCCAAAGAGCCUCCAAAUACAUUGGCAAAGCCUUCUUCUGAGUCAUCUCUAAAGCCUAGUAGUAAUCUUGACAGGCUCUUGGAGUCCACCACUCCUUCAGUUCCUGCGCAGUAUUUCUCUAAGACGACGAUGAGGGGGUGGAGGACUUGCGAUGUUGAGUUUCAGCCUUACUUCACAUUGAAUGAUCUUUGGGAAUCGUUUAGGGAGUGGAGUGCAUAUGGGGCAGGAGUGCCAUUGGUACUUAACAAAAGUGAUUCUGUUAUUCAAUAUUAUGUUCCCUAUUUAUCUGGUAUCCAAUUAUAUGGGGAAUCUUCUGUGAAGUCAAAUGCAAAGUCAAGGCAAGUUGGUGAGGACAGUUAUGUUGACUACGAUUUGGAUUCAAGUAGUGAUGCAAGCAGUGAUUAUGAAGUUGAGAAACACAAAAAGACUGCUAAGGAGCAGCAAGCUCUUCACCGUUUAAACAUGAAUGUUCCUAUUAGAAUGGGCGGGUUGUCCAUACAUGAUGAACACCCUUUGUUACAAGAAGGCUUUUCUAGUGAUGAUGGAGAAGCUGGGAAUUCUCGUGGUGUCCUGCUUUUUGAGUUUCUUGAGCAGGAUGCUCCAUAUGGCCGAGGACCAUUGGCUGACAAGAUAUCAGAUCUAGCAUGCCAGUACCCUGGGUUGAAGACAUUAAGAAGUUGUGACUUACUGCCAGGAAGUUGGAUGUCAGUGGCUUGGUAUCCCAUAUAUCGAAUACCUAUGGGUCCAACACUGAAAGAUUUGGAAGCUUGCUUUCUGACGUAUCAUUCACUUUCAACACCCACGGCAGUUAGUGGAAGCACGCAGGCUCCAGUGAUGGUCUAUCCCACCGAGAUGGACGGUGUACCAAAGAUUUCCUUACCUGUUUUUGGAAUGGCUGCUUAUAAGUUAAAAAGAACAACGUGGACACAAAAUGGAGUAAUGGAGUGUCAACUGGCAAAUUCCCUGAUGCAGGCUGCAGCCAAUUGGCUAACCCUGCUUCGGGUCAAUCACCCGGAUUUCCAGUUCUUUGCUUCACACGGCAUGUACUGCAGGUGAAAUUGAAAGUUGUUUCAUUGAUGCAAUGCAACUACCUUAGCUUCCAUUCCACGAGUUACAAGCCUUGAAAUUGAAUGCUCGAUCGAUGGCCAUGUUGAGGUAUAUGGUACAUGGCAUAUAUGACUGGGAGGAUGCUGGAAUCCCCUUGAGAGGUCUUUUAGGUGUGAAUUUUGUGUUUAUGAAUGCAAGAAAGAGAAAAAAACAGAAGAGAAAGUUGGCAUUUACAAAAUUUAAAGAUAAAAGAAGAAAAAGAAAAAAGAAAGAGGAAGCAGUGAAAGAAAAACCCAAAGGUAUGGAAGGAAGGAAGAAGAAUAAGGUCAAAAAGACCAAUAGAGAUGAAAAUGGAAAUGGUGUAUUAGAUAUGUAUAUUUACGUUGAUCUGUUGGUUUUAGGAAUAUUAUGCAUAUUUUCACAAGUAGAGAUGUAAAGCAGAUGGAUAUUUAGAAUGUUGUGCUGCUUCAAAUUGGUCCAGCUUUCAUGGGA